UCGUCUGCCCUUCUCUGGAGUUUGCAUACCAAGCCAUUGUGAGAGUUCCAUUCGUGCUGAAGAGGCGCACAGAAGGGAGAGACGUGUGAGGCUGUGAGCUAAUGCAGCAGAAGGGGAGGUCAUACAACCGUAGAUCGAGGAGCUUUUCCAGAUCUCGUCUUGCAAUUGAGGGUUGUUAACCUUUGCACCCCCACGCCCAAUCUCAUCGCAUUUUUUCCGGUCUCGGUUUCUUUCUUAGAAAUCCCCUCAUUUCCCUCUUGGCUUUUUUUUACGUCUCCUUCCUUGCAAUUUUUCCGCGAUGGAUGCUAUUCAAGAACAAGAGCGUGAUAUGCAGAAGAGCUACUGGAUUGAGCACUCUGCAGAUUUGACCGUCGAGGCUAUGAUGCUCGACUCCAAAGCCUCCGAUCUUGACAAAGAAGAGCGACCUGAAGUACUUUCACUACUCCCACCGUACGAUGGAAAAGCAGUUUUGGAACUCGGAGCAGGUAUCGGUCGUUUUACUGGUGAGUUAGCUCAGAGGGCCGGUCACCUUCUUGCUUUGGACUUCAUUGAGAGUGUAAUAAAGAAGAAUGAGAGCAUUAAUGGACACUUCAAGAAUGUCAAAUUUAUGUGUGCGGAUGUGACAUCCCCGGACUUGAAAAUACCUGAACAAUCAGUGGACUUGAUAUUCUCCAAUUGGUUACUUAUGUAUCUUUCCGAUCAAGAGGUGGAGGAUUUAGCUGAAAGAAUGGUCAAGUGGCUGAAGGUUGGUGGGUUUAUUUUCUUUAGAGAGUCUUGUUUUCACCAAUCAGGAGAUAGCAAGCGAAAGUACAACCCAACCCACUACCGGGAGCCCCGAUUUUAUACAAAGGUCUUUAAAGAGUGCCAUUUGCGUGAUGGUAAAGGAAAUUCAUUUGAACUCUCUCUUGUUGGCUGUAAAUGUAUUGGAGCUUAUGUGCGAAACAAAAAGAAUCAGAACCAGAUUUGCUGGACUUGGCAAAAGAUCAGUUCACAAGAUGACAGGGGUUUCCAGAGGUUCUUAGACAAUGUUCAGUAUAAAUCCAAUGGAAUUUUACGUUAUGAGCGUGUCUUUGGGGAAGGUUUUGUGAGCACAGGAGGGAUAGAUACAACUAAAGAAUUUGUGCAAAAGUUGGAACUAAAGCCUGGCCAGAAGGUCUUAGAUGUUGGAUGUGGCAUUGGGGGAGGUGACUUCUAUAUGGCUGAGAACUUUGAUGUCGACGUGGUUGGGAUCGAUCUGUCCAUAAAUAUGAUUUCUUUUGCUCUUGAGCGUGCUAUCGGUUUGAAAUGCUCGGUCGAAUUUGAAGUUGCUGAUUGCACUAAGAAAACAUAUCCUGAGAACACAUUUGAUGUGAUAUAUAGCCGUGACACUAUUUUGCACAUUCAAGACAAACCUGCAUUAUUCAGAUCCUUCUACAAGUGGUUGAAGCCAGGGGGUAAAAUUCUUAUCAGUGAUUACUGCAAGAGUGCUGGAACUCCAUCACCAGAAUUUGCUGAAUAUAUUAAGCAAAGAGGGUAUGAUCUCUAUGACGUUAAAGCAUAUGAUCAGAUGCUUCGUGAUGCUGGUUUUGAGGAGAUCACUGCAGAGGAUCGUACUGAUCAGUUCAUACACGUUCUGCAGCAGGAAUUGAAUGCUGUUGAGAAGGACAAGGAUGCAUUCAUCUGUGACUUUUCUGAAGAGGACUACAAUGAAAUUGUUGAUGGAUGGAAGGCGAAGCUUAUCAGGAGUUCUUCCGGCGAGCAGAGGUGGGGCCUGUUCAUUGCCAGGAAGAAAUGAUCCUCUUAUCCCUUCAUUUUCCCUAUCUCUACUAGCUUUCAAUAUGCAUUAAGAACAGUCUUGGUGGUUAUAUUAUUGUUGCAUCAGAUGGUUGAUAUCUUGAUACCAUCCUACCUUAUUUUUUCAGCAAAACCUGUUCAACUUUAAAUAAUGAGAUAGAGAAAGCUGAUGAAUUUGCCAAUUAGAAAAAGAAUAAUAAGCAUUUGGACUUUUAUC